AAUCUACCACAAAAGAAGCCAACGAUGUUUAUCUUGCUCUAUGUUACAAGUUUUGCCAUUUGUGCAAGCGGACAACCUCGGGGCAAUCAGUUCAAAGGAGAGAACUCCUCCCCAAGAUAUAUCUGUAGCAUCCCUGGCUUACCUGGACCUCCAGGCCCCCCUGGAGCAAAUGGUUCCCCUGGGCCCCACGGUCGGAUCGGCCUUCCAGGAAGAGAUGGUAGAGACGGCAGGAAAGGAGAGAAAGGUGAAAAGGGGACUGCAGGUUUGAGGGGUAAGACUGGACCACUGGGACUUGCUGGAGAGAAAGGGGACCAAGGAGAGACCGGGAAAAAAGGACCCAUGGGACCAGAGGGAGAGAAAGGUGAAGUCGGUCCCAUUGGGUCUCCUGGACCAAAGGGAGACAGAGGGGACCAAGGGGACCCAGGGCUGCCCGGAGUCUGCAGAUGUGGAAGCAUCGUGCUCAAAUCUGCCUUUUCUGUUGGCAUCACAACCAGCUACCCAGAAGAAAGACUCCCUAUUGUAUUUAAUAAGGUCCUCUUUAAUGAGGGCGAGCACUACAACCCAGCCACUGGGAAGUUCAUCUGUGCUUACCCAGGGAUCUAUUACUUUUCUUAUGAUAUCACAUUGGCGAAUAAGCAUCUGGCAAUUGGGCUGGUCCACAAUGGGCAGUACCGGAUAAAGACCUUUGACGCCAACACAGGAAACCACGAUGUGGCUUCGGGGUCCACAGUUAUCUACCUUCAGCCAGAAGAUGAAGUCUGGCUGGAGAUCUUCUUCACAGACCAGAAUGGCCUCUUCUCAGACCCAGGUUGGGCAGACAGCUUGUUCUCUGGAUUUCUCCUGUAUGUUGACACAGAUUAUCUGGACUCCAUAUCAGAAGACGACGAACUGUGA